AGAAGGUUGGUUCAGGAAAUCCGACAUGAAAAUCUCAUCUUCAGUGGAAAAUGACGCCAGCCGAGGACAGCCGGAUCAUGCUCCGUCACUGGAAGUAGAGGCACACGCACACGACCCUGAACGCUUGCUGCCACCAGAAGAUCAUGUGACUGCAUCCAAUAACACGCCUGGCAACAGCACGACCUCUUCCGGCAUAGUUGAUGAGGCAGAUGACGAUCAGGGGAAUCCCAAUCUGAUACCAUUAUUAAGCAAUAACAGGAACGCAACAGUGAUGCGAUGGCAGAAGGGCCAACAGGAUCAAGUGAAUUCGAAUGCGCAUGGUCCUUUUCAAGAUGAUAAGCGGACCAGUAAGAAAGCGGACCAGGAGCCCAAUGACAAUGUAAAAACUCCUAAUGCAUCAUCAUCCUCUGACGGUAAUAUUCAAAAGAGAAACCACGAUGACGACCCGGACGACGACGAGGAACAAGAUACUACAUUGCCGCGAGCUUGGACGAACAGAAUAGCAGAGCAAAUAGCAAAUCAGCAACUACUGCAAAAUGCUAACGCAAUAGGCAUUGACCCCACCAAUGAAGCUCUCACAUUCCUAAUAUUAAGGAUUUUUAUUCGCUGAUAAUUACUCCAAAUCUUGAGAAAGAGAAACAUCUUGAAGCUGUCUUAAUAUCAGGAGAAAGAAGCUGCAUCUUCAAGAUGCGUCUGCUCUCAAGCGGCUCCUGCAACUCUCUAACAAUGCCGGAAAUCAGCGCGACGAAAAGGCAAUACUCCCCUGCAUUUUAUCCGCAAGUAAUGGCGCUACUGACUGGCAGCGGCUUGCUUCACAUUGCGCAUGAUAUGCUCACAGCACGAGGUGUCGAGCUGGGGUGCUUGGGAGAAGUGGGGGAAGCAAUUAGUG